AUGCCCCCCGACAGAUCAUGUUUUACGGCGCUGAACCUGCCGCCAAGUUUCUCCUUUCCGGAGCGCAUGGACUAUUUUACAUUGGCCGCAGCACCCAACACUGAUUUAUGGCGCAAACCGCCGGACGGCGACACCUCGACAGCGCCUAUUUUGUUCACUUCACUCCUGCAACCAUUCGUUAUUGCAGAAGUGACAGUCACUGCAGACUGGGAGAUGGAAUGGGACCAGGGCGGCUUAGUUAUAUUCGCAGGCCCAGCACCUUCCCAGCAAACACCGCCACGGUCGAAUAUCGGUCGUAAUAAUGUUAAUGAUAAUAAUACUCACAUCAUCCCGUCGGCCCAAUCACCUCGAGAGCAACCAGCACCACCUCCAUACCCGCAGGCACCCCGCCACACCCCCUGCAAAUGGGUAAAGGCUGGUCUGGAAUUUUCAUCUGGAACCGUCAACGCUUCCUCCGUCAGUGCUACGGCGGAUGGUGCAGAUUGGUGUCUGUCCCCCUUGGCCAUGCCCAACCAGCCCACAACAAUCAACUCGCUGCGGAUAAAGCUCGAGCGCGUUGGCCACUCACUCUGGGUAUGGUAUCAGCUGCCUUCAGCAGUCACCCCUUACCCAUGCACGCCUGGUGCGCUGAGUAAUACCUGGCGAAAGCUCCGCGAGGUCACCUGGUUCUUUUGGGGUGUCGAGGACAAGAGUGUCCAUGUCGGUGUGUAUGCUAGUCGUCCAGCAAAUUUUUCAAUGAAUAGUAGUGCCUGGGCGACGAGGAAUAGGAGUCGUUUUGUCCGAGAUGCGACUCAGGGACCAGGACAAGGGGCUGGGACUGGGGCUGGUGGAAAUGGUACUGGAAAUCACCCCAUGGUCGAUGGAACAGGGCCCGAUGGACUGGUCGUGGAGUUUGAGGAUUUGGAGAUUUUUUGA